AGCCAGGGGAUUACGCAGAUCCCCAGAGCCGACCUGGCCGACAGUCCUCCCGAUCAUCAACCCUUCGCCCCCGACCACCCCGAACUCCCUUUCCCCUUUGAUUCCACCGCUGUUUCCUUCUCGAACCCCGACCCAGCUAACCCUAGCUCGCACCCGACGAACCCUCGCCGUCGUCGUCUCUCAAGCACCAGCUCCGAGGAAUCUCUCGUCACCCGGACGGCGGGCACCGGCAUCUACGCUGAAGACGCCGGGCCACGUGAAGCCGCAUCUCAAACCCAUCCCAGCUCCCAACCGGGUCGAUUGGACGGCCGCUCCCCAUCUCGCAAGCGCAGGCGCCUGGCAACGAUGCGUGCGGAUACUCCGUCGACCACAAAUGGCUAUUCGCAGGCCUCCAACGGGUCUACGCUCCGCAAAAACAACUUGAACGGCCAGUUAACGGCGCCAGCUAAUGGCGAGACGCAUUCGAACGGCACUGGCAAGUCAUUGUUGGCGAAUUCCUCGUAUUACGGGCAUAACCGGGAGGAGGUGACGCGGAUCUUGAUCCAGAGCCUCUACGAGCUGGGCUACAACGACGCCGCCUCCACGCUGAGCGCAGAGAGCGGGUACGAACUAGAAACUUCGGGAGUGGCGACAUUCCGUAACGCGGUGCUAGGUGGACGGUGGUCGGAAGCCGAAAAGAUUCUGAUUCAGUCUUUCCGGAACUCGGGGUCCAAUAAUGGCCAAAAGUCGGCCCCGGAGGAGACCCUCGUAUUGGCUGAGGAGGCCGAUAGGAGCGAAAUGCUAUUUUACCUGCGCCAGCAGAAGUUCUUGGAACUUCUCGAGGCGCGGGAUUUGGCCUCGGCCCUUCUCGUCCUCCGUCAGGAACUGACACCGUUAAAUUACGAUGUGGAUAGGCUCCAUGCACUCUCCAGUCCACCUCUAUCGCCGCACAGUCUUCUCAUGUGCCCCAUGGAAUUGCUCCAUGACCAAGCAGGCUGGGAUGGUCCGGUCAGCUUGUCUCGAGAACGGCUCUUGGCCGACCUGUCAAAAUCAAUAUCUCCCUCGGUCAUGAUCCCCCAGCAUCGGCUCGCGAUCUUGUUGAAUCAGGUAAAGCGGAAUCAGAUCCACGAUUGUUUAUAUCAUAAUACCGCCUAUCCGCCAUCCCUUUACUCAGAUCACAUGUGUGACCGAAAUGACUUUCCGUUGGAAGUUACUGGUGACCUCACACACCAUGCUGAUGAAGUUUGGCACUGCGGGUUUUCUCAUGAUGGCACCAAGCUGGUUACUGCGGGUCAGGAUCGCUCGGUGUUGAUUUACGACACGAAUGAUUUCAGCGUGCUCCAUAAGCUAACCGGGCACUCACUGGGUGUUGCUUUUGCCAGCUGGAGUCCGGAUGACUCGAAACUCAUUACGUGUUCGCAAGAUCAUACAGCGCGUGUCUGGAACGUCGAGACGGGCCGCUGUCUUCUUACUAUCGACCACCACAGCUACCCAGUUACUUCUGCUGGUUGGGCUCCUGAUGGAGAGUCAUUUAUAACGUCAUCUUUCGACGCAAAUACUGGCCUUUGUCUAUGGAGCAUGCGUGGAACAUCGUUGCACACAUGGAAGGGCGGUUUCCGUGUUUACGAUUGUGCAGUCAGCCCUGACGGGCGGCGACUAGUCGCCGCCGACACAGAUUCCAAGCUCCACGUAUUUGAUUUCCAGACUCGUGAGGAAGAUUACUGCCUCUCGCUGCCGAGUAAACCGACCUCGGUUGCUAUCAGCAAGGAUUCCAAGUUUGUCCUGGUGAAUUUGGCGGAGGGUGAAAUCCAGUUGAUUGACCUGGAUACAACUACUGUUGCACGACGGUUCCGAGGGCACAAACAGGGUGGUUAUGUUAUCCGGAGCAUUUUUGGUGGAGCAGGAGAGAACUUUGUUGUCAGUGGUAGCGAGGACUCUCGAAUCUAUAUUUGGCACAAGGAGAAUGGUACUCUUGUUGAAACCUUGGAAGGCCAUAUGAAGGGUUGCGUGAAUUCAAUAUCAUGGAACCCAGAAAUUCCAACCAUGUUCGCCUCUGCAGGUGAUGAUAAAGCAGUUCGCAUCUGGACACCCGGCCAAGACCGAUCUCGCUCAGCAGUGGAACAGAAUCAACGGCGUGGGGUAUCGCCUAAUGGCUAUCCGCGUACCAGUGCACUAAGAACAACUUCUGCAUUCUGA